AUGGACGGAGGAGCACCGGUGACCACCACCGCGGGCGGAGGCGGCGGAGGAAGUGGAGGUGCGCCUGCGCCGUUCCUCUUGAAGACGUACGAGAUGGUUGACGAUACGAUGACAGACGACAUCGUAUCAUGGAGCGAGAGCUUGAAGAGCUUCGUGGUUUGGAAUCCUCCGGAAUUCGCGCGCGUCCUCCUUCCCUCCUACUUCAAGCACAACAACUUCUCCAGCUUCAUCCGCCAGCUCAACACCUAUGGAUUUAGGAAAAUUGAUCCGGAAAAAUGGGAAUUUGCUAAUGAAGAAUUUGUGAAAGGGAAAAAACAUCUUCUCAAGAAUAUCCAUCGCAGAAAGCCUAUACACAGCCACAGUCAACCUCAGGCUUCUGUUGAUCCAGAAAGAGCAGCAUUUGAGGAAGAAAUCGAGAAGUUGUCACUUGAAAAGACUACUCUUGAAGGAGACAUCUUAAGAUUUGAACAACAGCAGUCUGCUGCAAAGGUCCAGUUGGGAAGCCUAAAAGAACGUAUAGGUAGCAUGGAUCUGCGGCAGGAGAGGUUGCUGACCUUCCUGGACAAAGCAGUUCAGAAUCCUGAUUUUGUUGUACGCCUGACUCAGAAACUUGAAUCCAUGGAUUUUUCAUCAUAUAACAAGAAGAGGCGACUCCCUCAGUUUGAUGACGCCCCCCAGACAGUUCAGGAAAAUAUUUAUGUUGAUAAUCACAGCUGCUCUAUGCCCGAGCUUGGGAGCAUUUUUCACCAAGACUUUUGCAAUAAGCUCAGGCUGGAGUUGUCACCUGCUGUUUCGGACAUCAAUUUGCUUUCACAGAGCACUCAAAGCUCCAAUGAAGAUGGGGGAAGUCCAGAAGGGAGGAUGGAGGGAUGGUCCAAAGAUUUGCACACUAGGGCUGGGGGUGUUUUAUGCGUCCCUGAAGAGUUAGACCUAUCAGAUUCAUCUUUGUUGUGUAAAGCGGGACCUGAAAGCCCAAAACUUCAUUCCUUGCAGCAAUGUUUGAAUGCAUAUGAUGAAGGUGAAGGUCUUCUCUCAUGCCAACUAAAUCUAUCUUUAGCAUCUUCUUCUUUGGAACCCGACAAAAGUAAAAACUCAGGUAGGAUGGCUCCCCCAGGCCAGGAAAUUGGUACAGAACCAAGGUCUAAUAAUCACCUAGAUAUCAGAACUCAUUCUGAUAACGAUCCCAUUUUAUCUUCCCCGGUCGAGGGUCAUCACGAGAAGCAAGCACCAGCAACUGUCCAGAACCAGGUGAAUGAUGUAUUCUGGGAACAAUUUUUAACUGAAAGACCGGGAUGUUCUGAUACUGAAGAGGCUAGCUCCAAGAUUAGGUCAAACUCAUAUGAUGAACAGGAAGAGAAGAAAUCAAUCCAGGUAAUAUCUAGGAAGACACAGAAUGAGGAGCAUCUUACUCUCGGAUAA